UGUGUACAAGCGUUGUACGCGUUUAAUAGGUAAGAGAGGUUAUGAUACAAGCCGGAAUUACAAGUUUCUGAAAUAAUAGUAAUAUGAAGCUAGUAAGAUUUUUGAUGAAACUCAGUCAUGAGACUGUAACAAUAGAAUUAAAGAAUGGAACUCAAGUACACGGCACUAUUACCGGAGUGGAUGUGGCAAUGAACACACAUUUAAAAACAGUUAAAAUGACUAUAAAAAAUAGAGAUCCUAUACAAUUAGACACUUUAAGUUUACGAGGCAAUAAUAUAAGAUAUUAUAUACUGCCAGAUUCAUUACCACUUGAAACAUUACUCAUAGAUGACACACCAAAAGCCAAAGCUAAGAAAAAAGAAGCUGCAAGAGGAGCCGCACGUGGCAGAGGACGAGGUGGACGUGGUACUAGAGGUGGUCGUGGUGGGCGUGGUAGAGGAAGAGGCAGACGAUAGUUACACAUGUUUUAAUUAAAAAUAUCUAAUUAAACUUUGGCCCAUUUAAAAAAAAAGAUUUAUAUUUACGUAAUGUACUACUACAUAACAUUGA